AUGGACGACAGUCGACGAAGCCCGUCAUCCAUCCCACGCAAACGCCGACGCCCGGCCUUGUCGUGCGAGCAGUGCCGUCGACGCAAAGUGCGUUGCGACCGUGAGAUGCCUUGCGGGCCAUGUUCGAAGACCCACGACGCGUCUGCAUGCUCUUAUGUCUAUGAAGGCAAAACUGCUUUGGAAUCACGAUUUAAAACAUCUCUUUCAAAUGAGAAUGAGCCCACAUCCCGGCUUUCGAGCACCCUGGGAGCCUCUACUAGUGCCGAUACUCCCCUAAAUGAAUCAAGGAUGACACAGCUAGAGCGGAGUAUCCAGCUACUUCAAGAGCGAGUCCAGGGCCUCGAAAAUAAGACCCAGGGUGGUAACGGUUCCAGUCGUCUAUUUCCAGCAGACGGCGGGAAUGACGGAGCUCAAGAUGUUACUGAGCUUCAUGAUCGUAUCGCACGGUUGGAGCGUCAACUAGACAACAAGACUAAAACAUCCGAAACGCUGAUUCCUUCCCUGACUCCAUAUCUCAAAGUCUGCGGUGACAGGUCAAAAAGGUCAAAGACCUUUGGAACUACACAUUGGGCGCAAGCAUUUCAACGCCUCUAUCAAGUACGCCAAGCGCAGUUACUGUCCCGUGGUUCAGAAUCCAAUCCUAGUGGAAUUGGUAAAGGCCUUAAGACCUUGCGGUCGCUUAGACAAACCAUCAAAGGUUGGCAAGCACCGCGGCUCCAAGACCCAGCUCCAGACUUGUUGCGCGACUUGCCUGCGAGAGAAAUAUGCGAUCAACUUGUGCGCCACUAUAUGCGGACCCUCGAAUUGAUUUAUCGUGUGCUACAUGUUCCUUCUUUUUAUCAAGACUACGAUAGCUUUUGGGAACAACCGCACUCGGCCUCGACUGCCUUUCUCCUCAAGCUUCUCCUGAUACUUGCCAUUGGAUCUAUCUUUCACUGCGAAGCAGGGCCAUGUAAUUCGCUCGGUCUACCGAUUCGUCGCUGGAUAUAUGCAGCACAUUGGUGGCUGACGGGACCGUCGGAGAAGGACGCUGCAAAUUUGGAAGGAUUGCAAGUGCAUUGUUUGUUACAUCUCUGUCGACAAACACACGCUAUAGACAAAGAAAGCAAUUGGACAUCCGCAGGUUCACUUCUGCGACUGGCUAUUAACCAAGGGCUAAACCGCGAUCCCAAGCAUUUCCCGUCGUUAUCGGUCUUCGAUGGAGAGAUGAGGCGACGUGUAUGGGGCACCGUCCUGGAGUUGAAUUUGCAGCUUUCACUUGAUACAGCGAUGCCACCGCUGCUAACGAAAGAUGACUUUGACACAGAGCUUCCAUCAAACCUAGAUGAUCAGGACUUUGACAAGUCAACAAUCACUCUGCCAGCUACAAGACCUAUCGACAACUAUACGCACUCGUCUAUGCAGAUUCUUCUUCUGCGAUCGUUUAACACCCGCCUGCAAAUUGCGAAGAUUAUCAAUCAAUGCAACAUCAAGCAGUCGUACGAAACCUCUAUCGCUCUUGAUACAGAGUUGAACACAUCCUGCAAGGAAAUGACAGUCCUGUUCCGUGAAUAUCUUGCCCACACUCCCAAGCGCAGACUUGGCCCAACUCCCUUUCAUCAUCGACUCCUGGAUACAUUGCUGCGGAGAUUUUUGCUGAAUCUCCACCGUCCAUUCACAGUCCAAGCUCUUGAAGAUCCGCGAUUCUACCUGUCUCGAAAGCUGAGUCUUGAGUCCGCAAUGGCGACAGCUUCAUACACAGAAUUUCCCGAUAAUCCACAAAACGAGUGGCAGCAAGAUUUUUAUCGUCUCAGCCUUUCUGGUGCUGGUCUUUUCAAAUUUCAUCUAUCUUUAGAUGUCAUUGUUGUCAUUGGAUUGGAAGUUACCACUCAAAUAGCGGAUGAGCUUUCCCGAAAGCCUGCCGAAUCUGCCGUGCUACCGCCAAACGCAGUGGACCAGAUGGCCCAAUCCGCUCGCGCUCCGCUAAUACAAGCUUUGCAACUCAUUCUCGAGCAGCUUCAUCAGGGAAUUGCCGCAGGUAUCCCAAGCAUGAAGCGAUAUUUUCUUCUGGUUGGCAUCCUUGCCCAAAUUCAUACCAUGCAUGGCGGGGAGCAAGCUGUGCAAACUAAGAUCAAAGAAUCAUUCUUGGAGAACCUGGAGGAAUGCCGCAGGUUACUUCAACAGUAUAUCUCAGAUAGCUCUCAUCCAUCUCCAUUGGAUGGUAAUCUGCAGGUUAUGCCUCAGGGAGUGAAUGUGUGGACCCCAGAGAGUGGAAUGGCGUCGAACCUUGGCUCGGAAAUUAUGGGCCCGGAGCCUAUUUUUGAUGCAUUGGACUUUUGGGAUCUCCCUCCAUUCAUGGAUGCCGAGGCUUUCUUUCCUUCGGAGCUGUUAGAGAAUCAGGAUAAAGGCGCGGGCGAAUGGACCAGUCGAUAA